AUGGCUUCUUUUCCCUCUCUCGGUCUCUGCCUUCUCGCCCUCUUCCAUGGCUGUUUGGCACAAGAGGUAACAUCUGAUUUUAGCAUCAUACCAGAAUGGAUAUGGCCAUCCCACCCGCAGAGGUCUCCUCAAAGAAUCUCUAGUCCUUGCCAAUUCCAAAAAAUUCAAGCUCUUCCCCCCAGCCUGCGCAUCGAAUCAGAGGCCGGCACCACCGACAUCUGGCAGCCAAAAGCUUCUCAGCAAUUCCGCUGUGCUGGCGUUGCCGUCAUUCGCCAUGUUAUCCGACGCCGAGGCCUCCUCUUGCCUGGCUUCCUUAAUGCUCCCGCGCUUGCCUUCGUAACACAAGGUAGGGGUAUUAAAGGAACAGUCUUGUCCGGUUGCCCAGAGACCUUUGAAACUUCAAGGCAAUCACAGUUCCAAAGACAGCAGCAGAGAGACCGACACCAGAAAGUUGAACAAGUUAACCAAGGAGAACUCCUUGCAUUUCCCACUGGCACAACCCACUGGAUUUACAACAAUGGCCGAUCAAAUCUUAUUGUGGUCGCAUUUGUCGAUAUUGGCAACCGAGCCAAUCAGCUCGAUUUUAACUUGAGGAAAUUCUUCUUGGCUGGGAGUCCACGUCUGGAGAACUACGAGAACAUUUUAAAUGGGUUCAGCACACAGAUACUACAACAGUCGUUCAACAUUCGUACAGACUUAGCAAGGAGGCUACAGAGCGGCAGAAAUGAGACAAGAGGAGCCAUUGUCUAUGCGCGGGAAGGACUCGCUUUGCUCGCCCCACGCCAGCAGGGGCAGCGAGGUGGCCGAGAUAAUGGCCUGGAGGAAACUAUCUGCACCUUGAGACUCACUCACAGGAUUGCCGGUCCAGCAGUUUCCGAUAUCUAUAACCCACGCGCUGGCCAUAUCUCCACUGUCAACGACGUUGACUUCCCCAUCCUUAACUUGAUGGGACUCAGUGCUGCCAGAGGAGUUCUCUAUCCGAAUGCAAUUUUAGCACCUCAAUGGACCCAGAAUGCUCACAGGAUAAUUUACAUCUCGAGGGGGAAUGUCCAUAUUGAAAUAGUGGGAUCUAGCGGACAGAACAUCUUUAACGAUUGGGUUCAACAGGGUCAAAUAGUGAUUGUGCCUCAAAACUUCGCGGUGGUGAAAAGGGCAGGCAACAACGGUGCGGACUGGGUGUCUUUCAGGACCAAUAGCAAUGCCAUCACCCACAUGCUCGCGGGACGAAACUCCGUCAUCAACAGCCUUCCGGCGCAACUCUUGAAGGUAGCUUAUGGAAUCUCCAACGAGCAAGCCCGUAGGUUGAAGACAAGUAGACGAGAAAUGACUCUGUUUAGCCCAUCGCAGCAAGGGCGCAGACAGUAUAAUGAAGAUGAAGAUGAAGAAGAAUGAAGAGCUUUUUUCUUCUUUAAUCUGGCAGCUAUAAGCUGUAAUGUUAAGUGUUUGAGUUGUAAAGGAGGGCAAAGAAAUAAAAGAACACCCACGAGGUUUGUUGAGUGUAAAGAUAUAGCAGCUUUCCUCUGUGUUUCUU